AAAACGCUGAUUAAUUGCCUCCAAAUGUCCAUCAUGGAUUCGGAGGGGCUUUCGACAGGCGAAAUGGUCGGUCUCACCGAAACCAUCGACGAUCGAGACGCCCUCGGGAAAUGGAUGAAGCAACCGAGGAAUCUUGGUGGCGGCGCUCACUGCAUCAUGGCAAAAAUGCCAGUAACAAACAAUAUCAUACACUUGCUACCCAUUGAAGUUUAUUCAUGCCCCAUGACGGGGAUAGUGGUCCUUGGCCUAGUACUGGUAGCGAUCACUGUCGUAUUCUUUGGAUGUUAUCUAUUGCUGCGAUUUAUGCACAGAGCACUUAGCUCCGAUGAUCGAAAACAUAGUAAUCCUUCACCGUACUCAAAUGUGGUGAUCCAUUCGAAACGAGUUUACGAGAUUCAAGCCGAGGAGGGCUGCUUUAGCGGUCCACCUGAUAUCCACGUGGUAGAGGAAAAUUCCAAAUCUGAGAACAGCGAGGAACAACAAUCUGCUCGAAGUACACCGACAAACUCCCCGCGAAGUUCUAUGAAGAGGCCGGAGAGAGGCGAUUUGAAGACAAUUCGACAAGAGACAUAUGAUCCUGAUAAUCCGAAACAGCUUAUGAGACAAAAAGAACGCAAGGUGCACAAGGAUUCUGUCUGUGCAUUCUUCUUCAAAACUGAGCAGCCAGAGCCGAAAAUGAUCUGAGCUCAGCACAUUGUAGGGAUUUAAUACCGUGCAGGUGGAAUUUGCUCAGGUCUAGGCAACAGAAUGGAUCUCAAUAAAAAGGACAACCGAGAGACAAGCUGACAUUCACCGCAAAUUGUUGCGUUCAAUUUGAAUUUCACAUUUGCAAUCCAAAUUCUCAAGUUCAGUUUCUAUCCUCUGUGAUUAUGAAAACCACAUUCUGUUACCUAUAGCUCUGAUCUCUGGCUAAAUUAGUUUUGAGACCAAACCGCUCAAGAAGAUUUUGUUAGCGCGCUCCAAUUCGGGGCACCACAUUUUCUUUUAGUCUUGCGUGAUUGAUUUAUGAAUCGUCCUGGUUCGCUACGGCUACGCUUGCAUUGUGGUAUGUGCUACCAAAAUGCUGCAAACGAGUAUUUGUUUCUGUACAAAUGUCAUCAGUUGACUGUUAUGUGAUUUGAGCCGCAUGGCACAUCUGUCUUCUUCCGAUUUUGUAAGAAUAGUUAUUGACGGUUAUGCUGCUAUAUCUUUACGGGAUAAAUGUUCAUGUUUCC